GCCGAUAUAGUGAGAUCCUUACAACCUCUUGCCACUUUUGUAAUACCUCUACAAUCCAAAACCGUCGAUCCAGAUAUCCGGUCGUAUAUACAGAAGUCUCUAGAUGGCAGGGAUGGGUUCAAGAAAUUUACCAAAGAGUUCAAGACUGAGAUUGAGGAAACACUCGUUGCGGAUUCGCAGGGAAUGUAAGUGGGAUCCGACCUUUAAACUUUAAAAUUUCGCUAAUAGAAGAGUGGGAAUGUUAAGGUUCCGGUUGGUAGAUUGUCUUUUACGAAUUUUGGAAGAAUGCCUAGUGCCAACCGAUGCAAGAGCUGCGUUGGAGGAACUGCCGAAGGACCUAGAUUCUGUCUACUCGAGGAUCCUUGGAAGCAUUCACGAGACGCAGAGGACAUACGUUCAGAGAGCGAUGCAUUGGCUUGCAUUUUCUGCGGAACCAUUGACAUUAGGCCAACUUGCGGAGG